CGAACAUCGGAUCUCCUGGUAGCUCACGUCGUCCCGCUUCGCGAGUCCCCGACCCCGAGCGGCCGAGCCCGACGACGUCAACGUUGUGGCCCCGACAUGCAUGCCCCACCCGCGCCACCGUCACUUCAAAAGACAAGGGCGUAAUAAUCGUCCAGGCCAGGGGACCAGGAAAGCGCUCUUUGCAUCUCCGCCGGUCCGUCCACGGUGUGAAUCGCGUGGUCCGCCGAACCUCAGAAUAGCCGCUCGAACCGCUUCAUAACUCCCACCGCACCGGUCGCCCCGGCGCGCCGGCGAGGUGACCUACUGACCUCGACGAGCGCGCGACGUUGACCGGGGCGUGCAUCCGGCCGCAUCUUGUCCUCGUUCCUUACGCAGAGGAGCGCCGCUCCAAAAUCGCAGAACGCCAAGGCGGGCGUAGCGAAGGAUGUCGGAGGCCGUCGCCGCAGGCGAGUCGCCCGUCGAGCUGCUGCUCCGCGCGGCGGCGAUGGUGCCCGCAGAGCGCUACGCGCUGGCCGCCAUCAUCGUCGUGUCCGUCUUUCUGUACCGCUUCCUCGAGCUCCAUGUUAUCGGCGACAUCCUCCGCGGCUUCCGGGGCGGCCGCGUCGAGCUCACCUUCCACCCCGCCUCGGAGAUCUACCACCGCGUCGCGUCCAAGUGCCGCUUGCUCCACGGCAGGUAUCUGGCGACACCAUGGCUGGCGAGCCCGCAUUUGCAGACAUUGUUCCUGGGCAUUUACGGGACGCCGCCUUCAUUCACAUACAAGAGACAGUUGUACACUGUUCGUGAUGGUGGAACCAUUGCUUUGGAUUGGCUGUUCGCAUCUGAUUUGGAAGAUGGAUUCAUUUCGAAAGACGCUUCAACACCCCUUGUAGUUGUGGUUCCUGGAUUAACUAGCGAUUCUGCUGCUGCUUAUGUAAAACACUUGGUUUACUCCAUGGCAAGCAAAGGAUGGAAUGUUGUUGUAAGCAACCACAGAGGUCUUGGUGGUGUGUCCAUUACUUCAGAUUGCUUCUACAAUGGUGGUUGGACAGAAGAUGUCCGAGAGGUCAUUACACACCUGCAUCACAGAUAUCCGAAAACCACACUGUUUUGCAUUGGUACAAGCAUAGGUGCCAAUAUUGUGGUCAAGUAUCUUGGAGAAGAAGGCGAGAAUACUCCUAUAGCGGGUGCAGUAUCUAUUUGUUCUCCAUGGGAUCUGUUGAUAGGUGACAGAUUUAUUUCCCGCAAGCUUGUACAGCGUAUUUACGACAAAGCACUUGCAAUUGGUCUGAAGGGCUAUGCAAAAUUACAUCAACCUGUCUUGGCCCGACUUGCAAAUUGGGAAGGUAUUAAAAAGUCACGAUCUAUCCGAGAGUUUGACCACCAUGCUACUUGUGUUGUCUCAAGAUAUGAGACAGUGGAUACUUACUAUCGCCGGUGCAGUAGUGCUAGUUACGUCGGAAAUGUGUCAGUUCCCUUGCUUUGUAUCAAUGCUUUGGAUGAUCCUCUUUGCACAAGGGAGGCUAUUCCUUGGGAUGAAUGCAGGGCCAAUAAGAACAUUGUUUUAGCAACUACUCCAAAUGGUGGUCAUCUUGCAUUCUUUCAAGGACUAACUGCGCGGAGACUAUGGUGGGUUGGAGCUACUUCUGAGUUCCUUUCUGCUCUUCAUGACAGCUCCUACAUGCAUAGGCAGAAGGCAAAUGAUCAUGUUUUGCUCUCGUCUUUGGAAUCCUCCAUUGAUAAGAGUCCGUAUGUUAAUCUCAUGGAAGAUGGAAUGGUAGCUGCGGUAACAAAAGAUGGCCCUAGCAAUGACGGGUCACCUUUGAACCAUGCAGCUGAUGAACAAUUAAGUAACGAGGCGGGCGGUGGACAACAGAAUGUGGUAUCUGCAUUGAACCAUAAUGAAAACUCCAUUGGAGUGGGAAACGACAGCCCUGCAGAGCCAGUAAAACAGCAAGGUGAUGACAUCCACAGCAAUAAGCUUCAUGAGAUAAUUGCUCCUGUCAAGAGAUCUAUGAGCCAACUGACUCGAUACCAAGGGAGGUCAGUCUGGUUGCUUGCCUACAUUGCUUUUGUAACAUCCUGGCCGCUGCUUGGCUCCCUAGCUUUCAUCACCUUCCGGAAAAAGUCCAGGAAUCCGUUGCGAGCUAAAUGAAUCAUACUUAUAUUAUGUUAUUACAAUUACAUCAUGCAACAUCCUCUGAGCUACGAAGGCCAUUUUUCCCCGGGUCGUCACAGCUCCUGUGUACAGUAUCAUCACCGAUCAUCAGCAAACAUUGGGGGCGCCUGGAUAAACUGAUACUUUGUAAUUUGUAUUGUAUUUACAACAAAAUAAUACGCAGGAUAAGCAUCUGUGUAAUUUUACUCGGUAAAUCUGGCUGGAUUUGCUGUUUGGCAUCUGUCGAGCUUAACAUUAUUUUUAAUCCAAAGGAUGCGAAACGUGUGGUGAAUGAACGGUAAAAACUAUCAGAUAGUUGAGGCGGGAAUUUUAAUUUUAAUUUAUUACUA